AUGGUAACGAUGCUCGGCCCGAAGAUGGCGGCUGAGUUGGGAGGAGUGGCUUCCUCCGGUUCAGGCCUGGGCCCAAGCCGGUGGCGCUGGAGCGGUUCUUUAUGGGUCCGGAGCAUUUUACUCCUGUUGGGCGGGCUGCGGGCAAGCGCUACAUCUAUUCCUGUCUCCAUGAGCAGUUCCCCUCCCUGCCGGCACCUCGUCCCCUCUGAUACUGAGGUCAUAAAGAAGGUCCAUCUUAAGGCAAAUCAUGUUGUAAAGAGAGAUGUUGAUGAACAUUUAAGAAUCAAAACUGUUUAUGAUAAAAGUAUUGAAGAGUUGCUUCCUGAGAAAAGAUACCUUGUAAAGAACAAACUUUUUCCACAAGCUAUUUCUUAUUUAGAGAAGACUUUUCAGGUUCGUAGACCUGCGGGCACAAUCUUACUUAGCAGACAAUGUACAACAAACCACUACCAACGGAAGGAAAAUGAUCCCCAUAGAUACUGUACUAAGGAAUGUGCAGAGCAUACAAAAUGCGGCCCAGUGAUAGUGCCUGAGGAGCACCUCCAGCAAUGCAGGGCCUGCCAUGGUGGUAAGCGGCCCUGUGAACCAUUGGUUGUGCCAGAUCCAGAAGGCAUCCAGGAUGCAGACUUUGUUCUUUAUGUUGGUGCUCUGGCCACUGAGAGAUGCAGCCAUGAAAACAUCAUCUCUUAUGCAGCCUGUUGUCAGCAGGAAGCAAAAAUGGACAGGCCAAUAGCAGGAUAUGCUAACCUGUGUCCAAAUAUGAUCUCUACCCAGCCUCAGGAGUUUACUGGGAUGCUGUCCACAGUGAAACAUGAGAUUAUUCAUGCCCUGGGUUUCUCUGCUGGGCUGUUUGCAUUCUACCAUGAUAUAGAUGGAAAUCCUCUAACUUCAAGAUUUGCAGAUGGUCUCCCACCUUUUAAUUAUAGCCUUGGACUGUAUCAGUGGAGUGACAGAGUAGUUCGAAAAGUGGAAAGAUUAUGGGAUGUUCGAGAUAAUAAGAGAGUUCCUCACACUGUGUAUCUUCUAGUAACACCUCGUGUUGUUGAUGAAGCACGAAAACAUUUUAAUUGUCCAAUUCUGGAGGGAAUGGAACUUGAAAAUCAAGGUGGUAUGGGCACUGAGCUCAACCAUUGGGAAAAGCGGUUAUUAGAGAAUGAAGCAAUGACUGGUUCUCACACCCAGAACCGAGUCCUCUCUCGAAUCACUUUGGCAUUAAUGGAAGACACUGGAUGGUAUAAAGCUAAUUACAGCAUGGCUGAGAAGUUAGACUGGGGCCGAGGAAUGGGCUGUGACUUUGUCAGGAAGAGCUGUAAAUUCUGGAUUGAUCAGCAAAGACAAAAGAGACGGAUGCUGAGCCCUUACUGUGACACUCUCAGAAGUAAUCCAUUGCAGUUAACUUGCAGACAGGACCAGAGAGCAGUUGCAGUGUGUAAUUUGCAGAAGUUUCCAAAACCUUUACCUCAGGAGUACCAGUACUUUGAUAUACUCAGUGGAAUACCUGCAGAAGAUUUGUCUUAUUAUGGUGGUUCAGUAGAAAUUGCUGACUACUGCCCUUUCAGUCAGGAAUUCAGUUGGCAUUUAAGUGGUGAAUAUCAGCGCAGCUCAGAUUGUAGAAUAUUGGAAAAUCAACCAGACCUUUCUAAAAACUAUGGUGCUGAAAAGUACGGGCCUCAUUCAGUUUGUCUAAUUCAGAAGUCAGCAUUUGUCAUGGAAAAGUGUGAGAGGAAGCUGAGUUACCCAGACUGGGGGAGUGGGUGUUAUCAGGUUUCUUGUUCUCCACAAGGUCUGAAGGUUUGGGUCCAGGAUACUUCAUAUUUGUGUAGUCGGACCGGGCAGGUCCUCUCCAUCAGUAUUCAGAUGAAUGGCUGGAUUCACGAUGGCAACCUGCUCUGCCCAUCAUGUUGGGACUUCUGUGAACUCUGUCCUGCAGAAACAGAUCCUCCAGCUACUAACUUGAGCCGAGCUCUACCACUGGAUCUCUGUUCCCGUUCCCCCAGCCUGGUGGUCACCCUCUGGCUUCUGCUAGGCAAUCUAUUGCCUCUGCUUGCUGGAUUUCUUCUGUGUGUAUGGCACUAGGAAUGGAAGAGUGAAUUGUCCAAACAUUCCUUUGUGUCAUGUUCAUCUGAGCAAAGCACAAAAUCUGGGCAAGUGCCAGUCUAAGCAGAUGGCAGAAAUGGCAUUUCUGACUUUGGCUUGGAAGUGUUGGCUAUAAUCAGACCUCAGAGCAGAGCUUCACAGCAGUUACUCUUCAUCAGCAACCCAACAGCCUCCAAGCUGGAAGAAGGAAAAGGAAUUCCAAGUCACCAAGCCUCUUUAUUUUUCAGGAUACAUAACCUUCCUGAAGUUUUCCUUUGAAAAUGGGAGAAUUGAUUAAAUUAUCAGAGUGAUUACAUACCUCAACAUUUUCAUUAACCUAAGACAAUGGGAUAGUUCAUCAAUACUGCAGUCAUUUAAAGAACAGCUAAUAAUUGCAAGACUGCAAAUUGUGGAUCCUGCCUUCAAAAAUACAGAUUGUCCUUUGACUUACAGGAAAAUAAUUGAAUUGGAUUUUAACAUCAGUAUUAUAUCUUUUUUUAAUUUAAUGGCUGUACAUGGUACCCUUAAAUCAUUGUUCUCAUUGUUCCAAAAGUUUUUUUUCUCUUAUGUUUUCUAAAUCUUAUAAUUUAACCAUGCUUGCCCUUUUCAAACCAAACUGUGUAGCAGUUUACUACUGAUCCAUUAUAUGUUGUUAGCCCUCUUUCAGUUUUAUGUGUACUCAUCCUCAGAGCUCAGCUUCCAAAGUUGUAUUCUUCAUCAAUUUAAUAAUGACUUGAAAAACUGUGGAAGCAGAGAGAGAAGAACACUUUGCCCUAUAAAAACAUUGCAGACAAGCAAACAGAAGAAAGCAUAACUGUAUGUUUUUCAGAUAAUAGUUAUGACAAAUGUAAUCCAAAAUAGAACUAUUCUUUUUUUGACCAAUGAAGAUAAAAAGACAUUCUGGUACUGUAAGACAGGUAGGUAUGCAGUUAUUUUCACAUGGACUUAGAAAUUGUUACAGAAGACUUUCUACUAUCUGAAAAUUAUUUUAUAUGUAGAAAGAAAAAUAUAAGUCAAAACAAGAUGGUCUGAAUGGUUUACAAGUAGCAAAGUGUAGGUGUUGUAUAGGGCUUAUCCAGUAGGAUCUUCAUUACCACACAACAUACAAUUCCACCUCUGCUUUAAAAGAAAGUGGUGGUGUUUACAUCCUGCAUUUGACAUUCCUCCUAUUGCCACAUAGAUUCUGGUCCUCAGAAGCAAUACUGCCUUGGUACCAGCUCUUACCAACCCCACUUAGUAAUUCCAAUUUGAAUUCUUCAAUGAUGACUGGUGCCGAGUUUUUCUCUCUAAAGCGAGUGAAGUCCUGAAGCAUAUAAACACAGCCCCUGGACAAGCAUAUAUUCAUUCUUUCAUUCAUUGGUUGGCCCUUUGAUACAGCACACAGUUAUUAAGCACUCCAUUUAAGAAAUUUUGCUAACUUAGCGAGCAGAAUAAUUACGAAAGAUUAAUUCCAACUGACUAUUUGGCCCUGGAGCCAAACAGCAACCCCAGCAUAGAGUAAAGUCAACCUUUUUUAAGGCAUAAAUUUUUAAUAUGUAUUUGCAUGUAGUUUUAAGUUGGAGGUAUUUGUCAUUGUGGAAAGCUGGGAGUCUCUAGCGUAGCCAGCUUCAGGUGGAGAGAAGCUAAUGGUAAUUGUGUCGGGACAGUGCUCAGUUGUCAGACUUUGUCAUGCAUACUUUAAAUUGUGCAAGUUGAGAGAAGAGUGUAGAGUAUAUUUUUAAAGAAAAUUAAAACUCUAAAGUUAUAUACUUGUGACUAUGAGUUAUCCUACAUAGUUGUAUAAAAAAUUUCAACAGAAAUACUAUGGACUCAUAUAUGAGAUUCUUGGUGAUAGGUUCAAUUAUAUUUUGACUGUUGUGUAGUAAUGCCAUUUAGAUAGUAUUGCUUCCAAGCAUGGUGCUUUUUAUACUUGAAAUAUAUUUUUGCUUUAUUUUUUAUUGAUAUAAUUAUAUUUGCACUAAUGAAUUUCUGAAGAAAAUAUUAUGACAUUUUUUCUAUAUAUAUUUAUUAAGCUUCAAAUCUGGUAGCCCAGUGUUUUCUCUGCACAAAUAAGAAACUUGAUAAGUUAUGAUAGUAAGAAAUCCUGAGUUUUUGAGGGUAGCUAACUGUACUGGUGUUCUUUACUCUCUUCAACAAGUCUUGAAAGUGGUUGCUUAUCACUGAUCCUGCAUAGUGUACUCAGUGAAGCCUUAGAAGGCCAGUGAACCUGUAAGAAAUUUUAAGAAUCAUUCUGAGAUUUCAAUGCAGAAUUAGUGGGAGAGAUUGCAGCUUUGAUGUGAAGUAACUGAAAUGGCCUAAAUGUAGAUAUCCUAUGGCAGUUUAUCAAAACCUUCAGGUUAACAUAAGCAGUUCACCGAGAAUGAGACUGAGCCGACUGCAGCCGUGGUGGAAGUGAAGUGGGGCAGAGGAGUAUGGAGAGAGUAACUGCCCCGGGGAUUGUAGACUGGAGUCCCUUACUGACUUGGAAAGGGUCAAGUGCUUAUAAAAACUGACUACCUCAGUUUUCAGAUAAGACUUAGGUGCAUUUUGGUAGUAUUAAGAUCCUAACUGUCAAAAAUACCAAGUGAAUUUGUCUCUCAGGUUUUCAAGAACAGAAUUUACAGGAAGGCAGCCAAAGCCAUGACAAUAGACUUGAGCUGACUGCUUUAAAGAAACUGGCAAGCAGUUAGGUAGCCUUAAUGUAGGCCACCCCACUAAUAGGCUCCUGAGAAACAUCCUUUUCCUUACUUAGCUCUUAAGGAUACUUAUUUCUAUUAAGACCAAAUAGACAUUCUCAAAAUGUUACAAAUUAUGCUUAAAUUAGUUUCAGCCCAAUAUGUUGGCUUAGAGUUUAUCAGUAUUUGAAGAUGAAACCUAAAUCAAUGAAGUCUAAAUAGUCUUGGGAAGAUACAUAAAUAAGCAUAUCUGAGUAUUCCCUAAAAUUUUGUCAAUAUCUCUUCAAUAUUAGAAGACUUGCUGAUUGAUUGGGACCAUCUGUAAAAUGACUAGGUGCUUUCUCAGAAUCUUUCCAGCUGUAAUGUGACUAAUAUUCAUCCAGAAUUGCUGGAUCACUGCUGGCUCUGAUCCACCUCCUGAAGAAUGCCAGCUUGCAUGUCAUGUUCAUCAAUGUCCUGCGCUGGAUGCCAUAGUGCUAUCCUUUUCCUUGGGUGGACACUGAAUGGAAAGAGAAGAACCUGCCUCUGAGGGCAUUUGAGUAGUCCUGGCAGGAGGAAGUGGACUUCAGUCACACCUCCACAGACCUGUUUCAUAGCACCAGUUAUUCAUGCCAUGUCCUUGCAGCCCAGGAGGACUAACGUAUUUUAAUAAAGUCUGUGCAACUCAUUGCAAAAAAAGAAUUUAGUGGAAGGAUGACCUUUUUUGGAUACAUUUAGUCAGGAUUGGGGAAAGAGUGGUGAAUUAUCUUCUUUUAUGUCUACAUUUUUUGAUAAAUGAAGAUUUAAGAGCUAAUUUUUAUUUAUGGUAUUGAACUUUAAGUGUAAUAUAUUCCUUAGAAAAAACACAACUUUAAUAAAAAUUGAAACUAAA